AAUCCUUCAAAGUACGCACACAGUCAUCCUGCAUUGCUGUGUCUGAGUAGAUAUUGUUAGAGUAUAUAUAUAUAUAGACAACUCAAAAUUGUGAACAGUGAAUGUAUUUGAUAUUUGAUAAAGAGUUACUGAUGGCUGUUUUUGAAUCUACGAGGAUUGUUGUGGAUCAAUAUCUGAACAAAGAAAAUAUGAAAAGAAAAGAGAAUUUUCUCUAUGCAGAAUGUGAGAAAUCCAGGAGACUUGAAGUAAAUUUUCCAGGGAGAGGGCAUGAGGGAACUACCUCUGAGCCUAGAUUAAAGCUGAGAAGAUUUGAAGAAUUGAUGAAACCGUUAUCUAAUCCAUCAUCAGUUCCACUUGACGUUUCAUAUCAAGACAUUUAUACUCAACAUGUUCUUGCCUCUUACCAGGUUAAAGCAAGUCAACUUCAACAUUCCUCAAAACAUUCUUCUUCUCCACAGCCUGUUCUACCAUCUCAACAUGCAAUCCUUUCAAUCCAUCCAAUCCAGACUUCAUCGACUUUAUCUCCUUAUACCAUUCUAGCUCCUUUAUCAAGCUCCGGACCAUCUCACGUCCUCACUACUACUCCGCCUCCUACCUACCAUAAACAGUUUUCCAGAAUCGAAUCUCACGCAAACCCAACUAGCCACUUUUACCCAAUGUCAGAAAGUCAACCAGACCAAAAACCCAUUCCAGUUCAUCAAAAGAAUUUACCCCGCUUGGAUCCUCUUCCGAGAUCACAUUCAUUUCCCUGGCCAACCACUUCUCUACCACCUCUUGAACCUUUAAACAAAAAAGAACCUACAAACCGUUUAAAGGAUCCAAACUCCAACCUGACGGAUAAAGAUGUCCCUUCUAAACAGAAUUCUACAUCAACAAGUUCUAUUGAGAGGCUUGACAAUCACAUUGCAUUCAAGAUGAAAACUAAUGGCCAGCAAGAAACAGAAACUCUUCACACCAAAAAAUACAUUGCCAAUGAUGCAACUACAAAAAAACUUGAACAUUGCAAUAAUAUGUCCUUCACAGCUCAGGAAGUUGAUGGAAAAUGUAAACAGAGCAUUGAAGACUUAGUAGAUCAGGUUAUGGCAGAGGAGUCAUUUGCUUCUUUAGAAAGUAAAAGAUUAAUGUCUUCACCAAGUAAGGAAGCUUCCAAUGAGAAAAUGCUGUAUACAUUUAAAGAAGUCGAAAUGAAGAAGAAAAAUCCAAAACUUAAAUUUCUACUCAUUUCAAAAAGUGUCCCCUGUGCGAUUCCAAUUAGAGAUACCCCACAAAACGCCCUACAAAGUGAAAAGUUAAAUGAAUUGAUAAAUUCACGAACAAAUUUUCUAGAUAAAACCAUUCAUUCUGAUCAAAGCGCAAAUUUGAGUUUAGCAAGUGAGGUUAAUGCUACUCCAGAUAAUGCUCAGAGGUUACAAUGCCGUCCAAGCCAACCAAUUCUCAUUCAGGACAUUAAAAACCUCACGAGAAACACCAGCAAGCUAGAAGAAAACAGUAAAAUUGAAAAAGAAGUUUCCGGCAUCAAAGACCAGUUAGAUAUGCAAACCAGUGAUAAAAGCUUGGUUAAAAGUUCUGAGAUGAUGAAUGGGUUUGGACAAGUGGGUGCUGAUAAUAUUCAGUUAGAACAAACAACUAGGGCUUUGGAAAUGAUUCAGCUGAGAGCGGAAAAUUGCAAAGAAGCGAAAAAAUUGAUUGGCGACAUUACAAAAAUAAGGCGGAAUGCAGAAAAAGACCUGAACCUGGUUCUUUAUCAAGAUCUUUUAGGAAACUAUGCUUUGCAUACUGCUGUAUUGCUGAGGAAUCCUAAGCUAGUUCGAAGGUAUUCUCUUGCCAUGAAGAUAUUCAACAUACCUCUUGAUGUACGAAAUAGAAAUGGCGAGACAGCUCUACAGCUGAGUUUACACCUGGGAGAGCUGGAAACAAUGAAGGAACUUCUUAUUCAAGGAGCCUCACUUACAACUCCAGACAAUCAGGGAAACACUGUGGCACAUCUUUUGGUGUUAGCAACCAAUUCUCCGAUUUUUAACAUUGCUCACCAAUAUUUAGAUCAAAACAUUUUGGACAGGCAGAAUGACGCAGGCUUCACUCCACUUCAUCUAGCAGUUUUAUCCAGAAACGAAGAGAAAAUAAUUAAACUUCUUGAUAUGGGAGCUAAUCCUCACAUUCAGAAUAAUUUGACUGGAGAGACUCCACUGUGUCUGCUUGAUCGUCGCCAUCUUAAUCAAGAAUUUGUUAGUCUUCUCCAAUCCAAGAAGUAUAAUAACACUGUUUGAUUUAUCACGAAACUAAGUUUUUCCUGUUAUAAUAUUCAUAAUAUUGAUCAAAAUAAAGAAAGAGUUUAAGCAUCAUAUAGAUUGUAAUGCUGGCUUUCUUGUAUAAUAUUUGAUAAUAAGCUUUUUGAUAUUUAUAACUCAAAAUGAAAUAAAUCAGGAUUUAUUUCUAUUGUAAAGCAAUGGAAAUCAUCAUUUUGUACUAUUUUUGUUACAUUUUAAAGCUAAGAAAAUUUGAACUCAUUUGUUCACUUUCGUGAAUAAAAGAAUCUCAUAAAAACCUGGUGCUCGCCUGAAAAAUCUGAAGUCAGGAUAAACCUGAAAAUAAAAUUGUAAUUUUCUAAAACGUGCUGCCGUUAUAACGUUCAUUACAGGAAUUGUUUAAUCAUAUGUAACGCAAAAUUCUAUUUAUUUUUUCAAUACAACUGCCAUUCUUUACUCCCUGCACUAUACUACCUUCUUUGUUAUGUUAUUUUGUGAAAAACAAGUUUACUUUUGUUUGCUUAAGCGUCAGAAGAAUAAAGUUUUUGUUUUUA